AUGGGCACGGUCCUGUCUCUGUCCCCGGAGCCCAAGGGCAAAGGUGGCACGGUGGAGGACGGCCACCCUGGAGCGGGCAAGAGCGCUAAAGAGAGGAGCCUGAAGAAGCACUCAGUUCUCAUCUCCGCCCUGACCUGGAAACGCCUGGUAGCCGCCUCGGCCAAGAAGAAGAAAGCCAAGAAGGUGAACCCGAGCCAGCCUCCUCAUGCCAAUGACCACGCCAGCGGCGCCAUCGGUAGCAGCAACAACAACAAUCCAGUCAAGCAACUCAACGAGAAGAACCUGAAGAAAUCCUACCCCCCGCUGCAACCCGCUGCUCAGCACCGGGCCAUUCCAGUGCCAGUGCCAGUUGUACCCCCCAGCAGUGCCAGGCAGCUGGGAUCGGUGCAGAAACAAGCCAGCGGCCGCAGUCUGGCCUCUCCACGCCGUGUGGUGGUGCAAGCGUCCACCGGGGAGCUGCUGCGUUGCCUGGGCGAGUUCCUGUGCCGGCGCUGCUACCGCCUGAAGCAGCUGAGCUCCGGUGAGGCGGUGCUCUGGUUCCGGGGGGUGGACCGGGCUCUGUUGCUUCAAGGUUGGCAAGACCAAGGCUUCAUCAGCCCGGCUAAUGUGGUCUUCGUCUACCUGCUGUGCCGGGAGGUGGUGAGCGAAGAGAUCGCCAGUGACUUCGAACUGCAGGCCACCUUCCUCACCUGCCUGUACCUCGCCUACUCCUACAUGGGCAACGAGAUUUCCUACCCCCUCAAGCCCUUCCUGGUGGAAGCCAACAAGGAGGUUUUCUGGGACAGAUGCCUCUCCAUUAUCGGCCAGAUGAGUGCCAAGAUGCUUCAGAUUAAUUCAGACCCGCAUUACUUCACUGAGGUCUUCCAAGACCUCAAGAACGAAGCCAGCAGCAGAGACUGUAGUGGACAAUACAUUAUAAAUCUGGACCGUUAGAGUGGCCCUGUCUUUCCUGUUUCUCUUAGCGAGAAAUCUAGUGUAUGUGUAUAGAGACAGACUGGUUGAUCAGAUCUAUUAGUAAGGGCUGCAGUCCCCAUGCAAAUGAGA